AUGGGGGCCGACGGCAGUAAGGACAAGAAGCAUUCUACCCCCACGUUCGCCCCGUAUGCGAAUGUCAAGUGUAUGCAGGUGACAGACUCCGAUGGAGCCCGAGAAGAACUGCAGUGUGACGUCACGGCGGACGCCGAACCCGCUGGAUGGGGGAGCAGGAGGAAUACAAUUUGGUGGGUGGGUGGACCCGGUGGGCCUUGCUGCAUCACUGAACCAGGUCUCAGUCCCUUCGAGUGCCAGUUUGGUUUUCAGCCUCCACUCUUCCCUGACCAAGAGACUGAUGUGGGUGUUCCCUCGGCCCAGAGCUUUGUCCGACGGUGCAGGCGGGUCUGGCGCAAGGCCCGGUCUACCCUGCAGCGGUCCGCACGCCAGUACCAGCGCCAUGCCAACCGCCGCCGCAAACCUACACUACCGCUACGUCCGGGGCAGAGGGUCUAUCUGUCAACACGGGAUCUUCCUCUACGGGUGGAGUCCCGCAAGCUGGCGCCACGGUUCGUGGGGCCCUUCAAGAUCUUGAGGAGGAUCAACCCAGUUGCUUACCGUCUCCAACUUCCCCGGUCCAUGCGGGUCAAUCCCACCUUCCACGUCUCUCGCCUACGCCCUGUCGCCACAAGUGCUUUGGUCCCUCCAGCUAAACCCCCUCCGCCCCCCAGAAUCGUUGAUGGUGGUCCUGCUUAUUCAAUCCACCGCCUAAUGGAUUCUCGCCGGGUGGGGAGGGGCCUUCAAUACCUGGUGGACUGGGAGGGCUAUGGUCCUGAGGAGCGGUCCUGGGUCCCGUCUCGGCAUGUUCUCGAUCCGGGCCACCGUUCAUUUCUGUGUGUCAUGUGCUUGUCUUUAUUGUUUCAUUGGUUGCACCUGUUCCUUGUUUGCUAGCCUUUAUAAGCUGCCUGUUUUGAUCCGUCUCUUGAAGUGUCCGUUAUUGUGCCCUUGUUUCGAGUUCCUUAGUUAACUGCCUUUUUGCUCUUUAGCUCUUGAGAUCCUUUUGCUGCCUGCUUUUCGUAUAUCCUCUGUUGAUCCUGUUUUUGCCCAGACUUUACCUGUUAGUUGUCUGGAGGUAUUUUGAGUUUUGUCCUGCCACCUGUUUGCUCUAAAAGUAAAGACUCCUUUUCUAACCCACUCCAAGCCUGUGUCUGUCUCUGCAAGUGAGCCUAUCACCCCUGGGUAGUACAGUGGUAGAGAGUCUGCCUACCACGCAAGAGACCAGGGUUCGAUUCCCAACAGACCCUGUCAUGUUCACUCUGUAGGAGCAGAUAACUAGCAAUCUCAUGCUUCACAGUCAUAGCCUGCUCACAAAUAUAGAAUUCCCCCCUGUUAACAGCUAACAAUUAACCUUGUGCGAUUUUCAGAAAUACUUACAUGUAUGAUGUUUCUCUACAAAUCCAUUAAAAGCAAUGGUUUGACAUUUUGGGAAAUACGGUUAUUCGAGUUAAAUGAGAACAUCAAUACAACUAAUCUGUAGCUGAAAGAAUAAUUAUUUAGUCCUGUUGUAUUCAGGCCACAGUCAGGCCCUCCUAAAGGGAUUUGUUUUGUUUGUUGGUCAAGUCUAACCACUUCAUAUUUUGGCAGAUUCAUUUCAGAAGGUAAUAACUUCAAAAGAGCUUUCACCUUACGGGUAUCCAUAAAAGUCUCCACUCUGGCCUGUACGAAGCUACUACACUCACCAACUGACAUCAGAACUGCAACAGAUUGAUGUUUGCAACAGUCCCAUAAAAAACAUGCAUAUUAAUUUAUCGUUAUUCAACAUGUAAAUCAGGCCUGAUUCUUACAUGGUUACAUCCUCGUCUGAGCUUCAGUGACAGUGACAAUGUCACAGGCUCCUCACAGAGACACGCUCACCUCCAGAGACUGCAAUCAGUAACAUGCUGUGGCAUCAUUAACAAGUGACUGUUUAAAGAUCUGCUGUCAGUAUCUUCAGACUAGAACUUGUGAUACAGUGGCUUAGGGAAUCUCAUAUUAACUUAUUGGUCGUGUUGCCAUGCAGCACAAAAGCGUACCAGAAAGUCAGUUAAAUCAUGGCUGCAGUUAAUGCUAUUGCAUAUUAUUUUAGUAAAGCAGUCCAGAAAUACUUGUUACUGCUUUUACCUGAAUAAUCAUCAUUACAUAUGACUUGUGUUAUGUGACAAAAAUCCGUGUUUGCCUCUUCUCCCAGGUGGAAAUAAAAAUCAAGCACUUCGGCAUUUUGUUUGACCUCAAUAUAUGAUGUCAUACUCUGUACAUCAGUGAUUGGUCAGUGUCAUAUUGAAGGGCUGUCCAUAAACAACAGUGGCAUCAUUUUACUGUGUGAACUGUGAAAAAUGUAAAGGCCUGUUUCUGUCACAUUUAGUAGUUAAACCUUAGCGGAGUCUUUUGAGUUCCUAUAUGCACUAAAGCAAUAAGAACAUCAAUA